CGAACACGUGUCGAUGUCGGUCUCUGGACGAUAGACACGAGGGCACCCGAAGCCGAGGUGCACGGGAUGAAUUGAGGGAAGUCGAGCCCGAAAAAACCGCGUCCACUAUUAAACAAGUGUAGUAAAAAUGGCCAGCUGACCGGAAUGUUUUGCAUACAUUUGUUUAAAUGUUAAAUUAUCACGAAGCUCGCGCUUUCACGAAUAACCAUUUCAUAACUCUUAUGUAGGAAAUAUGUGAAUUCGCAGAUUUGAAACCGGAAAACUGUUACAAUUAAUCGUAAUAACCACGAUCUGCAGUUCGGUAUUGAAUUUCAAAAAACUUUAAUUACUCAGUGAGAAAUAGUGACGUUGUGAAUAAAAGAAAUAAUUUUUAUAGAGUCAAACGGCUGGAAUCUUCACCGAAGCUGCACUAAAUUCUGCCCCCCCCCCCCCCCCCCCCCCACCUAAAAAAACAGUCUUUUUUUGUUGUUCGUUUGUUUCUCGUAUUUUAUUUGAAGGGACAGGAUUUUGUGUUCAUGGAUUAGUAAGAACCAAGCGAUUCUUCGUUUAAAGUUGUACAGGACGAAUUAAUUACUGCCGAUUGAAACUUGUGCCUAAUCCUUGGAAGUGCGGAUUGGAAAAUGGAUGUUUUGAGCCUCAAGAGGAGUUGGAUCGAGGACUGAAAGACCGGCUGGAAGUAAUCUGAUCCAACGAUUUUUUGUUCCUUCAUUUUUCUUUCCAACUCUCCAACUUAAUUUGUUAAACCACAAUGUCAGCUUGAUCGCCGUUUAGACGUGCUCAACGAGGAUCGGAAAAAUGUCGGUCGAGGUGAGAGCGGGACGUCCCACAGUGCCAUCGGCCCCUCAAUCGAAGAGACCCACCAUCCUGGUGUAUCCAACGGUUUCCCCGGAGAGCAUUAUAGUGCCUAUUGUUUCCUGUAUACUUGGAUUCCCUCUACUCGCUCUUUUGGUCAUCUGCUGCCUGAGGAGGCGUGCGAAACUAGCGAGAGAACGAGCCAGGAGGAGAAAUUGUGACAUGGACCACGGCGCGCUGAGUCUUGUCAGGUUCAGCCCCAUCCAUCGACUCGCUGGAGUCGGGAGAACCAACAGGGCUGUAUCUCUGAGGAGCGAAAGGGGCUCUCGGGCAUUUCCAACCCUGGAACUGGACACAGUCGUCGAGGAGCGAUCGGACCCGGAACAAAGUACGGCCCUGGAACUGAGUAGUCCUGACUAGCAUACGGCUCUCGCGGCACCGCCAAGGUGGGACCAUUAAAAACCAAAUCGCCGAGGGGAUCGACGGUUCUGGUCGUGCCACCCCCAGUGGAUCGCAGCCCCCUUUGGACGGC